AUGGUUGCCGAGCUGAAACCCUCUACGUUUGAUGUCCCCGUUGUGGUGGGGCUCGGCGACCCUGUCAUGGACAUCCUUGCCAAUGUGUCAGCGGAAUGGCUCGCAACGUUGACCGCUGAACCCGGCGGCUGCCUUCCAGUCCCGCCGGACACAAUGGAGCAGCUGCUUGCUGAUGCCAGCACACAGAGUGAACUCGUUCGGAUCCCCGGUGGCAGCGCGGCCAAUGUGGUCAAAGGCAUUGCCAACAUCUCGGGGGCCAGUGGCGCUGUGCAGUGUCGCUUCGUGGGCAUGGUGGGCAGGGAUGAGACGGGGGCUGAGUACCGCCGCAAGCUGACAGCCCAGGGGGUGGAGCCCCUGCUGCUGGAGAUCCCCCACAGCGGUAGCAGUAGCAGUAGCAGCCCCCCCAGUGCCACUGCGCUGUGCCUGGUGACCCCUGACGGUCAGCGCACCAUGCGCACCUGCCUGGGGGCCUCCCUGGAGCUCAGGUCCGCCGCCCAGCUGCCGGCCGACUGGGGGGCGGGGUGCAGGCUGCUGCAUGCGGAGGGCUACUGCCUGUACCGACCACAGCUAGCUCGCGAAAUGAUGUCAGCGGCUCGGCAGCAGGGAGCACUGGUGUCCAUCGACCUGGCCUCGUUUGAACUGGUGCGGAAUUGCAAGGAUGCACUACUCGCGCUGCUAGAGGACGGUCUGGUGGAUCUCAUAUUUGCCAACGAAGAGGAGGCCAUCACGUUAUGCCAGGUUCUGGCUCUAGGCCCCCCUGGAUCUGAAACCGACCCGGAGGCGUGUGUGGCGGCGGCGCAGCGCUUCCUGCUGUCCCCCUCGGGCGGCCGAGCGCGUGUGGCCGUGACCAGUCUCGGGGCGCGGGGCUGUGUGGCGCGCGGGGCGGACGGCGAGGAGGGCGCGUCGCCUGCGUGCCGGGUUAGCGUCGUGGAUACCAUUGGCGCGGGCGACUUCUUCACGGCGGGUUUCUUGUCGGCUUACUUGCGAGGGGCCUCCCUGCAGCACUGCUGUGCCGCGGGGUGUGCCGCGGGAGCGGAGGCAGUGCAGGCAGUUGGGGCGGAGCUGCCAACCGCAGCAUUCGAACGGUUGAGGAGCUCGCUGGAGGCAAUACUGGCAACCAAGCCGGCGGCGGCCACCGCCGCAGCGGCGGCAGCGGCGGCGGCAGCCAGCGCUAGCGCGCUUGCGGCGGCACUCGCAGCCGGGACACAAGCGGCGGCGGCGGCGACGACGACUACAGCGACGGCGGCGCCGAAGGCGGUGGCCGUCGGCGCACUGGUGUAG